AUGCCACCAGAGCAGAGGAAGAAGAAAGUUGCGGUCAUAGGUGCUGGAGCCGCUGGAAUGUCCUGCGCAGCCACCCUUGCAAAACAUCCAGACAAAUUUGAUGUAAUCGUUUUCGAAACAGCAGAGCAUGUUGGCGGACAAGCAACAUCUAUUGACCUCGACCCGUCCAGAUACGGCGCAAGUUGGCUGAAUGAUGGCGUCCAGGGAGGAUCAGCAAUUUUCCGAUAUACAUUCAACUUCUUCCGCCAAUAUAGACAUGAGCCCCAGGAAGUGAAAUUACAGGUAUCCUUCGGCAAAGGGAAAGGCGGAUUUUGGACCAAUGUCUUCCCUAGCCCCCUUGUGGAUAAUCAUUCUGCAGAAAUCAAGAAAUUGGGGAAAGUUCUGAAAUGGAUCAAGUAUACUCUGUUCGUGACGGGAGUCAUGCCCGUCAAGGUCAUAUUGCGUUUAUUUCGAUUCAGUUUUGAUUUCAGGAAUAAAAUGGUUCUGCCCUUGCUGGCCCUGUUUCUGGGCACCGGUAACCAGACCCCCAAUGUGCCCAGUGCUUUGCUCGAGCGCCUCUUUGACGAUCCGAACAUGCGCCUGUGGGAUUAUGACCCGGAUACUCUCCUUCCAAACCUACCAUCAAUGUACACGUUUCCCAACCUGGGCAAUUUCUACCGUGACUGGACAGAUGAUUUGUGCUCUAAGGGUGUCAAGAUCAAAAUCCCAUGUGAAGUGGAAAUUGUUGAACGAGAUGUAACGCAUUCCGACUCGAAACACUUUCAUAAUAUCUUUGAAAAUAGGUUUCGUGAGGAUCUGUGCGCCAAAGCGACCUCAAAAGAACGAAAAGACCAGAUAUUGUUUGCUACGAGCGAGCCUCAACGCCGAAAAGAUGGCUGGAUUGGGUUUCAACCAAUGUACUAUACACAUUCAUAUGCAACGCAUCCCGACAAGAUAGAAAUGGGCUUCGAUUGCACCAAUUACCAAUACCAAUUCCGCGAAAAUCUCGAGGACGGAAGCUCGCCGCCGGAGCGUGAUCGCCACAUGUUCCAGACCAUUUUCUUAAAUGAUGUGGAAAAGGACCUCUGGACAAUUGACAGCAUCGACGAAGACAAGGUUAUAUGUCGAAAAUGGUGGUGUCAGUGGGGUCAUCGUUGGCAGCAUUAUCUCCGUGUGGUUCCCGGUUUGAUGUUCAUUAACGGUAAAAACCAUACCUUGUUUGGUGGUAGUUGGACACUCGUGAACAUGCACGAAGUAGCUUGUGUUUCUGGUAUUGCUGCCGCGUAUCGACUAGGUGCAACGUAUGAAGCAUUCGAUGAGUUCGCGGAGGAAUUUUUCGCCAAAUAUUUGCUUCUCACACACGGAGUUCGAUAUAAGCCAUCAGGUAGGGAAUAG